AAAAAUCAAAAUUUCUGAAUCAACUUAUUUUGGCUCCUGAGUUAAGGUCGACUACAGCACAAAAAUUUCAAGCUAGUCCACGUGAAACAAAUGAUAAUAACCAUCAAUAUAGCGACAAUGACAAAUACACUCUAUAUGACGACUCAAAUAGUCAAAAAUACAAAGUGGUUUUGCAUACACCAGGUGUUAAAAACAAAGCUCAAUUUAAAAUAAUCAUCGAAGAAGAAGGCAAAGCUGUUACUGUUGAAUGUGAAGUUAUUAAACAA